CACGCUCGGUCUAUUCUUACUAUGUCUAUGGUAUAACACAUGUGUUAACCUAAAAUGAUUGUGUGACGCGAGUAACUAAUAUUUGACGAUAUGAGCGAAGAAAUUAAGAGUUUUUUGGAUCUGAAAUUGAAUUCUUGGCUUCUUACGCAAUGCGAGUCUAUGGGUUUAAAAAAGCCCACUCCAAUUCAGCAGAAUUGCAUUCCUCGAAUAUUAGCAGGCGAGGAUUGCAUAGGCUGUGCCAAGACUGGUAGUGGCAAAACUCUUGCAUUUGCUUUGCCCAUUUUGCAAAAACUGUGUGAAGAUCCUUAUGGUAUAUUUGCUCUGAUAUUAACACCAACGAGGGAAUUAGCUUUCCAAAUCGCUGAUCAAUUUGCCGCCAUUGGCAAAGCUAUCAAUCUGAAAAAAUGUGUCAUCGUUGGUGGUAUGGAUAUGAUGGUACAGGGAUUAGAGCUAGCGAAACGGCCACAUAUAGUUGUGGCUACACCGGGUCGACUCGCGGAUCAUUUGGAUAGCUGCAAUACAUUCUCCUUACAAAGGAUACAAUUUCUAGUAUUGGAUGAGGCUGACAGGCUGCUAGGAGGUCAUUUUGAUGAACAACUUAAAAAUAUAUUUGCUGCGCUACCUAAGCAGAAACAAGUAUUGCUGUUUAGCGCUACAAUGACGGACGCUCUCGACAAAGUGAAACAAGUAGCUUCUAAUAAGGUUUUCAUGUGGGAGGAGGAAGACGACGAUGGCAUCGCAACGGUGAGGGAAUUGGAUCAACGCUACGUCUUGUGCCCUAACAAUGUAGUCGAUUCAUUCCUGGUUGAAGUGAUUAGGACAUUUCGCGCUAAGAAUAAGAAUGGUUCUAUCAUGAUAUUCACGGACACGUGCAAACAGUGCCAGCUGUUGUCCAUGACAUUGAACGACGUUGGGUUCAUGAAUGUGGCUCUUCACGCGAUGAUAAAGCAGAAGGAACGUUUGGCCGCAUUAAAUAAAUUCAAAUCGAAUCAUGUACAAAUUUUAAUUGCCACCGACGUCGCGGCGAGGGGCUUGGAUAUCCCUAUGGUGGAAUUGGUCAUCAAUCACGUAAUACCGAAUGUACCGAAAGAGUACAUUCACCGAGUCGGUAGAACGGCUCGUGCAGGUAGAAACGGUAUGGCAAUCAGCCUGAUAACUCCGAACGACCUUAAAUUAUUACAAGCGAUCGAAGACGUAAUAGGCACCAAGUUAACACAGUACAAGAUAGAUGACAAAGAGAUCGUUACGAUCUUGACGCAAAUAUCAGUGACGAAACGGAAGGCAGAGAUCAAAUUAGACGAGACCGAUUUUUACGAAAGGAAAAUGAUCAAUAAGCAAAAAAAAUUGAUCUUAGAGGGCCGAGACCCAGAUGAGGUAAUAAUGCCGAGAAAAAAGAAACGUAAGAAGUUGGGGAAGGAAGAGUCGGAGCGAGUUGUUAACACGGAUGAAUCUUCUGAUGUACAUAAUUAAAUCUAACACAUAAAUCAAACGUCAUAAAAUUGUUACCUAAUGUAUUUCGUAGCUCAUACAACAAUCUAUAAUGCUCAGUACAAUAAUAAUCGUGCUUCCUUGAAGUAUUUGUUUCGGACCUUUUUAUUGUAUAAAAAGAAAAAAUUCGUUGAACGUACGAACUUGCAGUCUGAAUACUAUUUGCAUUGAAACGAUAAUAAAUGAUGUACAUUACCUAUGCAAUCCUUUUAGAAAAUCAAUUGUAUAAAAAUACAGGACUCUCUAUCAUCUUUUAGAUGUGUGUGUGUGUGUGUAUAUAUCGUAUAAAGAUAUAUAUGUCACUGGCCGAAUAUCUUUAUGAUUCUCUAAUUUUGUACAAACGCUCUACAAGUGUAAAUAUAUAAAAACAUGUACUAUGUGUAUAUAUUAUGCGCAUACAUGGCAAGUGCUGAAUAUUACAAAUGCAAGGAGUGUAAUAUCAUUUUAGAAAGACUAUAUUAAAGAAAAUGCGUUAAUACGUGA